AUGUUGAUGGAUCCACAGCACUCGUCAUCGCAACGCUCGGGAAUCCAGCGCUCGCACAUUUUGCCCUUCACCGAAAUAACAGAUCUCCGGUACUGGUCUUCAGAGUUCGCCACCACUUCCAUGCCAGACGCUACCGAUUCACGGAAGCCUGAUCUCGUCCUCCUGGAUUACCGGCUCAGAAAGCUCGGCUUCUCGCAAAAGUCCUGGAAAGAUGUCCUCACAGGAGUUGAGAUUACCCAAUCUGACCUCUCUGUUGAUCGCAAAAUACCUUUUAUCUCCAAGUUCAAACUUCGUGCCCAUUAUAUGGAUCGCUCCGGCAUGGAAAUCGCUCUUCCCUCGGCUUUGAUCCAACAAUCCAUAUCUGCAAACUCUUGUAACACCAUUCCAACUCACGCUGAUUUACCGAAUGGCUUUGAUGCCAUGCUUCCUGGGGCAAUAGGCUGGGUUUACGACAACGAUGAGAAUGUAUACUGGAUUAUGGAUAUACUAUGGAAGAGCCGCGGAGUACGCACUCAAGAUUGUUGGGUCAACGAGGAUGUCAAAGACGUCGAGAUACAACUUCUCAAAGCGGUCGAAGGCAUCCCGAACGUUGUUCAACUCAAGAAAUAUUGGGACGUACUUUAUGAUGGGAAGCCCGACUCCACUUCACGCAUUCGUAGUCAUUGCUCGACAUUCAAAUUCGAGACAAAAAUCCAUCGGCGUAUUCUCUUGACACCCUGCGGGGUGCCAUUGACUCACUUCAACGAUGUACCCCGAGUUAAUCGGGCCCACAAGGCAAUGGUGGGCCGACGUGUCCUUCACGGAGAUCUCAGCCCUAAUAAUGCUAUUAUUUACCAAGGAAAAGGCUAUUUUAUUGACUUUGACCAUGCAAAGUUUCUCAAUGAUGAUGGGAAAGCAGAUCCGAGUCCACGCGGUACUGGAACUGUACCCUACAUAUCUUUUCGCGUUCUCCGCCUAAUGGGAGAUGGCCAUUUGGUCCAACAUAUGCCCUGCGACGAUCUCGAGUCGCUUUUUUACAUCCUGCUCGAGUUUACCAUGAUAUAUCUAGGACCGAAGGGCGUACUGGCCCCCCCAACCCAGUCCAGAAGCUUUGCGACGGGACGCCGUUCGGAGGUGGCGGUCUCCUAUGAAAACAUGACCCAAGAUGGUCUCGCGACAGCAGAUUUGGAAGCGGGAAUUCAUCAAUGGUCUGGCUGA